GAGGCGCUCAACCGAGCCGCAACAAUAACGGCUCAAUUCGUCAAAGCCACCAUACAACACCGUCUACAGAGACCGUAAGAGUAGAGAAAUAAGGCGAAGGAGGCAGAGGAAGCAGGCAAGACGACAAUGGCGAGAAGGAAGCGCACAAGAAGGAAAAUGGCAACGAAUCGAAAGCGGAAGAAGACAGUUGGCACGUCAGCAUCAGGCCUCAAAUCAGUAGUCAAGUGGAAGAUUAUGAUAUCAUCAAUAAUGCUCCUGCUGCUUUUCGCUGCACAAGUAAGUCACGUGCUGGCGGUUCGAAGGGGUCGCCUGAUGUCUCCGAGCACAUUUACUGCACUCAGCGGCGACCUGCAUGUGCAGAUACAAUUCACCGGCGAGGAUGAGAAUGAGAACGAUGGGAUUGGGAAUGGGCAUCAGACCAAUAUAACCGAGCUACAGCCUACAAAUCACAGUGUCAGCAGCAACGCCCACUUGAGCACUGCCAGGCCCGACUUGGGCAGGGGCUCGAAAACGGCAACUGAGGGCAUGGUAAACACCAUAAUGAGCACUUUAGUCAUUAGCAAAAUCGUUAAUGAUGCUGCGACGUCUGAGGGUGAACCACUGUUGCCACAAAACACGACUAAUAGCAGCAACACCAGCAGCAGCAGCAGCUCCACAAAUCAGAUAGUCCUGCAGCGCAGGCGCAAGGAGGUUGUCCAAAAUAUACCCCUCUUUCCGGAUCCACGACAAAAUAUCACACAAGUGACGGUGCCCUGCCAGACCUUUGUACGUGGCGGUCUCUACGAGAUGCAGGUGGUCAGGAAUCUGAAGACGACAACACUCAAUCGCAGUGACCCAAUUCCCGGAUUGACGACAACAACAUUGAUGCCAACGCAGGAUGAGCGAUUGCUGCAAACGCUGGACGUGCGAUGGCCCAGUGCCGAGAUGAUUGUCAGCCCGGUCACGUUGCGCACGUAUCCCAAGGCGCCCGUUAAGGUCACUCUACGCUUUCCGGAGGUCAAUUGCGAGCGGGCACUGCACGGCGAUCAACCGCUGCUGCCCGAAUUCUGGCUGGAGCUUGUUUACUGUGGCAAGGAGCGCACCUGCGCCCCCAACAUUGCCAAUGUGUCCAAGUCUAGUGUUCUCUUUGCGGAGCAGGUGCACGGUUAUCCCAAGCUGAAGACACUGCAACUGGGCUGUGAACUGUUUGGUUUGGCUGGCAACUAUGUCGUCCAGCUGCGGCCCAUGACUCCUGCCCUGAAUGUGCCGACAACUAGGCGCAUGCUCAGCGUAGACUGGAGCAAUGAGUACGUAUUCAAUGUGUAUGCACGCAGCAUCUUUCCCUGUGAUCCGCAUUCCGGCGUGGGCGUCCUCUACGAAUAUCCCGGCUGCAUUCUGGAGCAGGGCGAUCGGGUGCGUCUCUAUGCCAAGUUGCGUGCCGAUGUUGCCUCACUGAAGCCACCCACAUCGCUGCACUAUGUCGCCGAGCAGCGGGUCGUCAAGAGCCAGCACUCACUGUACUUCAGCUGCGAUCUAUUCACCGAGAAAUAUGUGGAAUACUGUUUCGUCUACGUAAGCCAGGCCAUUUCCGGUGCUGUUGCGGAUGUUCGCAUGGACUGUGUGCCCACAUUGCCAGUCAGCGAUUCCGAUACUGGUGGCUGGGGCACGUGGAGUGAGUGGACACCCUGCUCCACAAAUUGCUUGGGUGGCACUCGGAAUCGCUAUCGAUUCUGUGAUUCGCCGCCGCCUCGAUAUGGUGCCAAGUUCUGUGAGGGCCCAUCUGUGCAAUCGGAGAAAUGUAACCAGACCGCUGUGGACACCUGGGAUUGCAUAUAUGAAACGAGUGGAAACAUGCUGACCAAGUCGAAUGUCACCGAGGUGCAUCAAGAGAUUGGACCCGGUUGCCGCUGUGGCUGUAUCGUGCAUCUGGGCUCUACCAAGCCCAAGCGCAUGAUAGCCGGCGCCACGCAAAACUGUCCCGGACGUUCCUUUUGGCUCAUUCAGGUCGACGGUGAGGAGACUAUUUGGAUGCAGCUGAGCUUUUUACGACUGCCGUGCGGUACGCAGUAUAUUAAGGUGCGUGAUGGACCCUCGUUAUCUUCGACGCUGCUGGUGGAGCUCAAGGGAGACGGGGCCACAAUGGCCGACAUCAGGCGAGCCCCUGGUGAAGAUGGAAGUCAAGGCGGCCUUCCGUUAGCCGUCGAGUCCAGUGGAGCCCAGUUGUUGGUAGAAUUUUAUUCGGGUGACAUGACCGGAAAUUCAACAUCAAAUGCCGGCUACACAGCAGCUGCCUGCACCGGUGGUUUUAUGGCCAACGUAAAGCCGUUGGUGCCGAGAACCAUGAGCAAUGGCACCACAAUAUUGGCGUCUACGAGGCUGUCUGUUAAGAGUCGCAACGUGCUGCAAAAGAAAUCACUGGCCAAGGUGCGGUUUACUCUGGUGCAUCUUAGCGCUAUGGUCUUUGCCACUAUUAUAAUUAUAAUAAGCGCGCUCCUCGGUGCCCAGUAUAUGGUGCGGUAUCGCAAGUAUCAUCUGGCCGUGGCACGUCGUCAGGAUGAGGGUUCCCAGUUGCAUACACCACGCGAUUCGCUGAGCUCACUGCACGGACCGCCAUCACGGGCGAUUUCGACGACCACACUGCUCUCCGAGGUGAUUUAUCUGGUGAAGAUGCGACCCAAGCACAAGCUGCGCCACUCCAUACUGCGCGAGAGCGCCGAUGUGGAGAAUGUGCAUGUCAACGAAACGGAGUUCCAGGAUGAUGCUGUCAGGGAACAAGUGAGCAAAGGUGAGGAAGCACCGGGAUUUGGCAGCACUGCAUCCAUGAUGACCAUAAGGAAUGAGCACGCCUCAUUGACAUCCCUAUCGCCGGCAACGGACAGUCUCAGUCCCGUUGGAUCACCUUCGUCGGGUGAACCAGAGUUGCAGCGCAACGAGGAGGAGACGGGGCAAACAGUUAUUGUGCAGUCACCAGCAGAUCCUGCGAGCAGCAAGGACAGUGCCAAGGAUUCCGAAUCGAUCAUUUCCUCCGGCAUGAGUUCACUGUGCAAUAGUCCGCCUCUAAACAGCCAUCGGAUGAGCAAAUACUCGGAUCGCUACGAUGCAGUCACCCUGAAGCUACUCAGCUCCCGUCUAGACGAAAGUCUGCGUGAUGCCAGAUCUGUGCACUCUGGCUCCGGUUCCCUAUGCCUGGGUCGCAUGGGAUCGCGCAGUGUUAGCGCUUCUCUAACCAAUGGCUGCUAUUCUCCGGCAGCUAGCGUAGUCAGCACUGCCACCAUACGGACAACUAGCAAUCCGAAAGAGUCAAAGGAGAAACAGAAUCGCAGGAAGCUACUUGCGCGACCUGGUUCCGAGUUCUCGUUGGGUAAUCAGGAAGAGCUGGAGCUUGACUAUUAUGAUUACAAUGUGAUCAAUGCGGGUGCAGCUCCCGGCUCCUACUUGGGCAUGGAUCCAGCGUAUUGCAUUUGGAUACCACCGUUCGAGGAGACAGCGGAGCGCGAGGACGAGGAUAAAACACCAGAGCCAAUGUCCGUGCCCGAGGAGACAAAUCCCUCAUUUGCGGACACACAAAUGCCCAAAUAUGGGCAUUUAUAUCUGUCUCCAGCCGGCAAGUCCAAUACCACAGACAGCACUCCUAGCUCUGAGGAACGCUCCUUGCCCAGCAGCCAACAGCAGUCAAAGGCCACCUCACCCAGUGAGCCAAACCAGAAGAGUACUGCUCCUGCCAAGCAACCAACUCCCUUCAUGUCUCGCAAACAGCGUCGCCAGGCCAGACAGCAGUUCAGAUUAGCUUGUGCUGGUAAUGAGUCCGAAUCCGGCACCCUUCGCUCCAAACCGGCAGUGGACAUAGCGGAAGUGCACCAAAGUCUGAUCAAGGAUACAAAUCAAUCAAUGUCGGGCUCAUAUGUGGAGAAGGAAACGCUUGUGGAGAAGGGGUCGAGUGAUCUUCAAGACUACCUCGCUCUGGACGACAUACAAUUCGCGGAUGAAAGUGGCAGCGAUUACGAGGCAGCUACGCUAAAACAGCAAAUGGAUCACAGUGCAACCAAGACUCUUCUGGAUAAUGCAACAAGGACGAAAUCAAAAGAGGCUGCCGUCUAAGAAAUGGCUCUGUUUAGCAGUUUGUAAAUAAAUAAAUACAGAGGAGAAACAGUAUUUUGGAUUGAUCUAGGAGAGUAUGUGUUACGGGUAGAUACAUAUAUCAGCAAUACGAGUAUUAGACCACCAAUAGGUUAGUUUGAAGUGAUUGGAAAUAAUAUAGACUUAGGCUUAGGCACUUAAAUAAGAGAUUUCAAUUAAACUAGGUUCGAGUAAAGCUCAAUUAUAUAUGAACUUCAAAAGCAUUUAAAUUCAAUUCGAUGUAGCAUGUACAUACAUAU